UACUGUAUGUUGAGCCAGAUGCAGCAGGAGAUGCACAGACCAGUUCUUAAACUGGUCGGUGAAGUGGAAACACGCUGGAACAGCACUUUUCACAUGCUUCAGCGCCUGCAUGAUGAAAGACAGACUGUGGGGGUAUCCCUUGCCUCGCUUAAAACUGACAUCACUCCGCUUCAUGCACAGAAGUAUGAAGCCAUAGAGCAAAUUCUGUGUGUUCUCUCCCCAUUCCACCAGGUCACAGUAGAGCUGUCUGAGGAAAAGCGAGUGCCUGGCUCCAAAGUCAUUCCAUUACUGAAAAUGAUUCACCAUUCUUUACAGGGGGAACAAAUCAGGCUAACCAUGGACAUCUCAAAAGAAUUAACUGAAAUAUCAUCAGGCAUCUGAGGGAACACAUCUGAAAUAUGGAGUCACUGAGCAUAAUGACCAUGGCAACUUUGCUGGACUCAAGGUUUAAAACCUUGGGUUUCCAUAACCAGAAUAAAAUGACCAAGGCUGUCAAAUGGCUAAAAGCAGAAUGUGCCAAUAUCAUCAGGACCGAAGACGAAAGACCAUCGACAAGCACUCUGUCAACAGAACCACCAUCCUCAACUCAACAGCUAACAACAAGCCCAAGUAUUUGUUUAUAAAUGUCUUUUUUUUUAAAAAAACAAACAAAAAAGAAAAAUUCAUAGCUGUUGACUGUUGGUGUAUGAAGUAUGCAGUCAAUGUACAUGUACAGUCACUCCCAUUCAAGUUCUUUUCCCUUCACAUUUCUUUGGUGGAAACUUGUGGCUCCUGUUGGACAAUGCUGUGGACCAGAGCAAACAAAGCUCAAAUGCCACAGCUGAUGCAAUAGUCGAAGUAGAUAGAUACCUUACAGAGACAAACAUUCAAAAAGCCGAAGAUCCAUUGGGAUAUUGGAAAAUACAAUAACAUAUGUACCCCCAUAUAUACACUUUGACACAGCAGUUUAUUUGUACACCGGCCUCCUCUGUACCCUGUGAGAGAGUGUUCUCUAAGGCAGAGGAAGUACUGUCAAAAAGGAGAAAUAGACUCAGCCCAACACUGUCAAUCAGCUUUUAUUUCUCAAUAAAAAUAAUUAAAAACUUCUCCAUCCCCCUUCUGCCAUUUCCACAGUUACACAAGCACUAUCAAUGCCAAGUCUCAUAAGCACAUUUAAUAACCAGAUGAUCCCAUCACACAAUAUGUUCUUAUUCACAUCUUAGUUCUGCACUUUAAAUGGAUGGAUCAUACUGUCCAUUUCAAACUUCUUCGACUUUUAUUCAUACUUACUCAGUUACAUUAUGAAAUACCUUGUCAUAGAUGUAGGAUAGAGAAUACCAAUAAUUACAGCCCAAAUACUUGCCAUAUGCAACACAGUCAUAUUUAUAUACAUUAUUCUACAGUAUUACAUCAUAUUGAAUUGUUUUGGUUCAUAUUGGCAUUUAUUGCCAAGCUUUAAUGGGUAAAUGAUUUUAUCAGAGGUAGAAAAUCAACACACACACACACACACACACAUGUUAGGCUUUUAUUUGUGCAUGUAACAUUGAAACUACAUCAGUGAGGUGUGUGGUUGGUGCUUCAUCAUCAAGUUUAUUGCUGCUUUAUUUUGUACUAACCAACAGAUGACACUGUUUUGACAGUCUGGAAGCUUUGAAUCUUUUCCCGGAACAAUCAGGGAAAAGCCUCAGAGCUUUACAAGGCUUCAUUUCCCCAUCCCUAGUCUGCUGUCCUAAAAUUAACAUGUUCAGUGAAAAUGUACACAUCAUAUAUUAUACUGCAGAAAAAAAUAUUUUCAUGAACAUUGUUUAAACCAGAAAUGUGUAAUUAUUUUGAUGUUAAAUUACUUUCUCCUAUUCCAGCUUACUAUACAGAGAAAACUGUAAGUAAGCCAUUUGUAGGUAACACAUUUGCACUUAUCUUUGGCACUGUAAAAAAUUGCUUUUUGUUUUGAGCGACCCGUCCAGCUCCACACAACAAUGAUGUUGACUAUCUGUUUGUUUGAUCAAUGGUAGACAAAGGGGAGUGUUUGAAAAACACAGUUUGUAAACAAGUUUAUUUUUGCAAUUCAGUUUGGUGACACUAGUGGUGCAGAAAUGACACACUUUAGCGGAAGUUUCUCACCUGAAGUAAAUGUAGUGUUUCAUCACCUGCUCAUUUAUACAUCUGAUAUCCUCAAGUGUUGUGUUAUAAAUUCAAGAUACACAUCAGUCAGAGAUCCAGUCACAAAGACUGUUGAAAUCUCUGACACUGAAAUAUCUGAGAAAAAAUAGUGAUUGAGUUACUGAAGAGAUCCGUGUGUGUAUGUGUGUGUGUGUAAGAGAGAUUGAUUUAAUAUGAAUGUUGUGGAAAUAUUCAUCUGUUCACUCAAUUCAUUCUAGUUCAUCAUAGUGUGAGAUGUAGAUAUUAAUGUUUUAUUUAUUUAUUUAUUUUAUAUUUUAAUAAAUAACUGAAAACUGCAGAAUCAAACUAGACUUUAUUUUAUGACACAUUCAGUACCUGCUAUUCCUUCCAAACCUUCAACUGUGACAGUAUUUUAUGUCUGUAAUGCAGUCAAAUAAAUGACACACACACAGAUACACAUUGGUACUGUCACAUUUGAAGGUUCCUCGGGAACAGCCGGUAAUGUAUUUACACGUCUCACACAUUAUCACUGCACUUUUAUAAGCUUUAAAGGGAUAGAUCAGCCAAAAGUGAAAGGCUUGUCAUCAUUUACUCACCCUCAUGUUGUACCAAACCUGUUUAACUUGUAGAACACAAAAGGAGAUGUUAGGCCUCAGUCACUGUAACUCUUUCCCCAUUAAUGAAAGUGAAUGGUGACUAAAGUCUUUUGUGUUCCACUGAAGAAAAAAGUUAUAUGGGUUUAGAACAACAUGAGGAUUAGAAAAUGUUGACAGAUUUUUCAUUUUGGCUGAACUAUCCCUUUAAGAGCAUGAAACACCUGCUGCACCUUUAAAUAUUGUUUGUCUCUUUUCAGACUCCUCCUCAGGUGACAGGUGAGAGUGAAACUAUUAAAACAGGAUUCAUUUUAUGACAAGAGCAGGAAAUUACAUGACGAGAGAAAAAUAGAAAAAGUACGAAAGGUUUUGCUUCACUGAAUUGUCUGGAACAAUAAAUCAAUUGAUUGUGAAGUAUUUUGUAGGUGAUAUUCUAGUCAGUAAAGAGGAAGUGAACAUCAACAGCUCUUGACAGAUGAGUACUGAACUGCUGCAAAAUAAAUCAAAACUCACAAGACAACAUUAAUUCAUCUUUAAAACUGUCAGCUACAGUAAAACUUCUAACAGAUAUCUAAGUAUUAAUCACAGCAGAACAAACAGAUACUGAGACUUUUGCACUUUUAGUGUUCAGCUUCUUUGGCACUGAAAUGUUAUUUCUUCUAUUGACUUGAAACGUUGCUUUGUUUUCUUCUGUUGAGUCUUCUGAUGUUUUCUCUUUAUGCUGGUGUUUAACAUGUCAUAAAAGCUGACAGUCUGCAAUUUAACCUCAUUGAUUCAUUUCUAAUGGACAUUCUAGAGUACAAAACAAAUAUGUGUCAGUAUUGAACAAAUAAACAUGUCACACAUAAAGAUGAUGUCCCUUUUGUUGACAGGUGUUCAGUGGACUGUUCAGAUGAUGUCAUGGACUCCACAAAGGAUCUCAGUGGACAGACAGACACAGGGAAGGUCAAGAGUUUGAUUCAUGGAGAAUCUCCUGAAUCCAGCUGUGUGUCCAUGAAGAGUGACUGGUCAAUGGGUGAUCCACCUCUCUUCAGUUCAGGAGCCCCUUGUGCUGGUGUGAGGAACAAAAUGGAUGGAUCAAAGUCCUUCAGUCGGAAGCACAUUGAUUCUGUUUUCCAGGAACUUGAGCACAAAAUCAUCUCUCUGAUGAAGAAAGAGCUGAUUAGCUUCAAGAGACUACUGAGCCCAGAUUAUCCAGCAUGCUCUGAGAGAGAGGAGGAGGAUGAUGAAUGUCAGAGCAGAGUUAGAGAGGGGUUUCUGAAGAUCACACUGCACGUCCUGAGGAAGAUGAAGCAGAUAGACCUCGCUAACACACUUCAAACCAAACUUGCUCCUUUGUAUGUGAAAAAACACAAAUCCAGACUUAAGGAGAAAUUCCAGAGAAUUGCUGAAGGAAUAUCUAAUCAAAGCAGCUCAACACUUGUGAAUGAGAUCUACACAGAGCUGUACAUUACAGAGGGAGGGAGUGGAGAACACAAUAAUGAACAUGAGGUGAGACAGAUUGAGACAGCAUCCAGGAGAGAAGAUACACUGGAAACACCAAUCAAAUGCAAUGACAUCUUUAAAGCCUUACCUGGACAAGAAAAAGCCAUCAGAACUGUGCUGACUAAAGGAGUUGCUGGAAUUGGAAAAACAGUCUCUGUGCAGAAGUUCAUUGUGGACUGGACUGAAGGAAAAGAAAAUCAGGAUGUUGACUUCAUAUUUCCACUUCCUUUCAGAGAGCUCAAUCUGAUGAAGCACAAAAAUAUCAGUCUGAUGAAUCUUCUUCAUCAGUUUUUCACAGAUAUAAAAGAACUGAGAUCAACAGACUUUGAUGUCUACAAAGUCAUUUUCAUUUUUGAUGGUCUGGAUGAGUGUCGACUUCCUCUAGAUUUCCAGAACAAUGAUAUUUUGUGCGAUGUGACAAAAUCGGCCUCAGUGGAUGUGCUGCUGACCAACCUCAUCAAGGGGAAUCUGCUUCCUUCUGCUCUGCUCUGGAUCACCUCUCGACCAGCAGCAGCCAGUCAGAUUCCUCCUGAGUGUGUUGACCAGCUCACAGAUGUACGAGGCUUCAAUGACCCUCAGAAGGACGAGUAUUUCAGGACGAGAAUAAAAGAUGAGAGUCUGGCCAACAGAAUCAUCACACACUUGAAAUCAUCAAGAAGCCUGUACAUCAUGUGCCACAUACCUGUCUUCUGUUGGAUUUCAGCCACUGUUCUCCAGAGACUGUUGAGUGAAGCAGAGAGUACAGAGAUCCCCAAGACUCUCACUCAAAUGUUCACACACUUCCUGAUCUUUCAGAGCAAACUAAAGAGCCAGAAGUAUGAUGAGAAAUGUGAGGUGGAUCUUCAGCAGGCUAGAAAGAGGAUUCUCACACACUCAAACACAGCCGCACAACAGCUGGAAAAAGGGAACCUGGUCUUCUAUGAGGAGGACCUGAGAGAGUGUGGCAUUGAUGUCAGAGAAGCGUCAGUGUACUCAGGAGUUUGUACCCAAAUCUUCAGAGAGGAGUUUGGGCUGCACCUGGGGAAGGUGUUCAGCUUUGUGCAUCUGAGCGUUCAGGAGUUUCUCGCUGCUCUAUAUGCUUUUCUUUCCUUUUCUCAAAAAACAUCAGGUCUCUUCAAUAAGUUUAGAUCAUCUAUGACUAAUUUCCUGAAAUGUGAAGUGGACAAGGCCUUACAGAGUGAGAACGGACACCUGGACCUUUUCCUCCGAUUCCUUCUGGGUCUCUCACUGAAGUCCAAUCAGACAAUCUUACGAGACCUACUGACACAGACAGGAAGAAGCUCUAACAGCAAACAGGAAAUAGUUGAGUACAUUAAGAUGAAGAUCAGGGAGAAUCCUUCUCCAGAGAAAUCCAUCAAUCUAUUCCACUGUCUGAAUGAACUCAAUGAUCAUUCUUUAGUGCAGGAAGUACAAAUAUACGUGAACAGAAGAGAUAACAAUCGUCUCUCUGGAGUCAGUCUCUCUCCUGCUCAGUGGUCAGCUCUGGUGUUUGUGUUGCUGAACACAGAAGAGAAGCUGGAUCAGUUUAAUCUGAGGAAAUAUGAUCCAUCACAUGAAUGUCUUCUGAGGCUGCUGCCGGUGAUCAAAGCAUCAAGAAAAGCUGAUCUGAUGGGUUGUAAUCUGACAGAGAAAAGUUGUUCAGCACUGGCCUCAGUUCUCAGCUCAAACUCCUCAAGUCUGAGAGAGCUGGACCUGAGAAACAAUGACCUGCAGGAUUCAGGAUUGAAGCUGCUCUCUGCUGGACUGAAGAGUCCUCACUGUACACUGGAGAUACUGAGAUUUGCAGCUUGUAGAUUCACUGGUCAGUGCUGUGAAAGUUUGUCUUCAGCUCUACAAUCUUCAAAGUCCCUGAGAGAACUGGACCUGAGUAACAAUGACCUGCAGGAUUCAGGAGUGAAGCUGCUCUCGGAUGCACUGAAGAGUCCUCACUGUACACUCGAGAUACUGAGAUUUGCAGAUUGUAGAUUCACUGGUCAAUGCUGUGAAAGUUUGUCUUCAGUUCUACAAUCAUCAAACUCCCUGAGAGAGCUGGACUUGAAUAACAAUGACCUGCAGGAUUCGGGAGUGAAGCUGCUCUCUACUGGACUGAAGAGUCCACAGUGUACAUUGGAGAUACUGAGAUUUGCAGCUUGUAGAUUAACUGGUCAGUGCUGUGAAAGUUUGUCUUCAGCUCUACAAUCAUCAAAAUCCCUGAGAGAACUGGACCUGAGUAACAAUGACCUGUGGGAUUCAGGAGUGAAGUUGCUCUGUGAUGCACUGAAGAGUCCUCUCUGUACAUUGGAGAUACUGAGAAUUGCAGCUUGUAGAUUCACUGGUCAGUGCUGUGAAAGUUUGUCUUCAGUUCUACAAUCAUCAAACUCCCUGAGAGAACUGGACCUGAGUAACAAUGACCUACAGGAUUCAGGAGUGAAGCUGCUCUCGGAUGUACUGAAGAGUCCUCACUGUACAUUGGAGAUGCUGAGAUUAUCUGGCUGUAUGGUGACAGAGGAAGGCUGUUGUUCUGUGGCUUCAGCUCUGAGUUCAAACCCCUCACACCUGAGAGAGCUGGAUCUCAGCUACAAUCACCCAGGAGAAUCAGGAGUCAAGCUGCUCUCUGAGAGACUCAAUGAUCCAAACUGCACACUGGACAAACUUAAUGUGGAUCAUGGAGGAGAGUUCAGGAUUACAGCAGGACCACGCAAAUAUGUCUGUAAUCUCACGCUGGAUUCAAACACAGUAAACACUGAACUAAUUCUGUCUGAAGGGAACAGGAAGGUGACACAUGUGAGAGAGCGUCAGUCAUAUCCUGAUCAUACAGAGAGAUUUGAUGUGUGGACUCAGGUUCUGUGUAGAGAGUGUCUGACUGGACACUGUUACUGGGAGACUCAAUGGAGUGGAGAUGAUGCUGAUAUAUCAGUGUCAUACAAAGGAAUCAGCAGGAAAGGAGCGAGUCAUGACUGUGGGUUUGGACUCAAUGUAAACUCCUGGAGUCUGUGCUGCUCUGAUGACAGAUUCACUGUCUGUCACAAUAAUAACAGAACUGACAUACCUGUCCCUUCACAUGGCUGUAAGAGAGUAGGAGUGUAUGUGGACCGUCCGGCUGGCACUCUGUCCUUCUACAGCAUCUCUGACACACACACACUCACACACUUACACACAUUCAUCACCACAUUCACUCAACCCCUCUAUGCUGGAUUUAGAGUAUUUUAUCUUGAUUCCUCAGUGUGUCUGUGUCAAAUUGAACAUCAGAGACACACACACACACAACUGGGUGAGUGAAAUAUACUCACUGUAUCUCACAUCAACACAACUAAAAACUCUUUCUAGAAAUAAUUUAAUGAAUUAAAUUGGCUGAAUUCAAUACAAUGGUGUAGUAUAUUAGGGGCAGAAAAAUGAAGAAUUGCUAUGCAAAAUGACUUGAAUCCAGGGAAACCCAACAUUUUAAUCUUGGAAAUUUCUCAAAGCCAUAAACCUAAGAGACUGCCAAAGAUAAUGCCUUUAAGUGCACCAGGCAGCAAAAAUUCCAAAGGACACACAAAGCAAUAAGUAGAACCUUCUGGAGUAAUAUCCUUAUGGCCUUUCCAUUCUAUAAAACUAUGAAUCUAUACAUUUGGUGCCAAAUGUCUCCCAGCUGCAUCCUGUGACCCUUUCACUUAACAAAAGAACUGUGAGGAAGAUCACACUCCCCGGGGAGUCCCCUUUUGGGUGACUGAAGCUCCUUUUAGGUUGUUGAUUUGAGAUAAUUAACGAGUGCCAAAUGGCUGGUCAAGGAGACUAAGCAUUCUGCUAAAACAGCAAAUGGCAUGAUUUAAAACAAAAGUGCCAUUAGUCAGGGAGGUCCUGCAUCCCACGGGACAGUGACAUGGGGCAGACUCAGUACGACCUUCUGAACUUUUCCACACAGGCACCGGACUUUUGAUUUAACCCUCUAAAAUGCACAGAAUCUACCUUUUUGUACAAAAAGGUACACAAUACCCAGCCUUGCGAGAUAAUUCUGAAAAUUAUGUUAUGACCCGUGAUCAAUUUUAUAACUGACAAAUUAAUGAUUAUAGCCUGAUGUACCUUUCAAAAUGUGUGUAGUGAUUGGUAAUCACUUAUAACUGACAAAUCAAUGAUUAUAAUCCUUAAUCUUGAAUGAUCCAUGUUGUAAAACCAAUUAAUUAACCAUAAUGAUUUUUAAACAGGUAUUUUCAUGUUUUGUUACUUGCACGUUGAAAAUUUGUGAAAGUAUGUCAUAUUUAGUAAGUAGAUGAUUGUCUGUUUAUGUAGAGAAUGUUGAUGUCAACAGAUGUCAUGUCUCUUACACCAAUUUCAUUAUAUAAAAUGUAUAAUUAAAACAUUGAGUGGGAAUUUUUAAGAAAACUUUACACAAAGGAUCAUAAAUCAACUUUGAAAAGGAGGGACAUGUUAAAGACAAAUUACCAUAUGACUCCGAAAAGUCACUUUUAAUUGGCUCAGGACAUCUUUGGGGUGCAGCUAGUCUCAUUUCAAAACUCUCCUACAAGGAAUAACUCUCUCUCUUCUCCGGCUUCUUCACUUCCUCUUCAGCUCCUCAUUCUCCGCGCUCUGGCCCUCGUGGCUUGCAGCCUCGCCCCGGCGCCCCUCAAGUUCUGUGCCAUGCAGAGCCCAAGAAAGCUCGGGACACAAAGUUCCGAGGACGUUUUUCUCUCUCUCUGCUCUACGAUUCACACACGUUGAUGGGAGUCGCGAGUCUUCCAUGCAGAAGGCCUCGCUUCAAAGCCCCGCCUCAUCAUUCCAGCAACAAACUAUCCAUGAUCUUAACAGAGGUUCAAAACAUCAACAGAACAACCAGAACUUUCCACAAAGAGCCAAAGAACCAAGCAACACAAGGAAACACAAGUACAUCUCCAAGUACUGGUGUCUCUCUAAUAUAGUUAGAGUUACCUGAUUGCAAAUAGAGUUAGACUGAAUUAAGUAUCAGUGGUUCUCAAAGCAUUGUCUACAGAUUCCACAAAGUUAAUUUUCUCUGUAUAGAUCAUUUUCAUUCACUUUCAGUUACAAUUUACUCACCAACCUGUUUCAUGUUUGUGUGUGUUAGAUUAGUUUUUGUUUAGAUUAGAAAUAAAGUCUUGUUUGUGUUCAAAGAUGUGGUAUAUUUUGAUAAAUAAUCUGGUCACAUGAUUUUAAAAGAUCUUGCUUCAAAGCUCAUCUAAAAUAUUUGUGAAAUUUUCAGUAAGCAAUGAGAAUAGUAUUACUCCAAGUUAAUUAGUUAACAAGUUAAUCAUAAUUCCCUUAUUAAAGCUAAUUCUUUACAAUAGAAACUGUGAGCGGAUACAAGAAGCCAUUGUAUUACGGAGAAUUUUAUUCAGACAAAUAAUCUAAUUAUUUGUCAUUUAUCUUUCUUAUAAUGGUUGUCGAUACUUAUAAUGG